UACUUCCGUUUCUGGUUUCAAGAACGGCCUUGACCCAGCAAGACGCUAUCGUGUAGUAACGGAGUGCGUGUCCUUCUUCAUGGGUAGCUUAAAGGAGAUUUGUGACGGUUUACCAGUGAACCCACCACCCAGGGUGAGACCACGGGACGAGACAGUGCCGCACGCACCUGUUAGGACGCCUAACUUAACGCAAGAUGAACAGAGGCUUGCCCUACAGAAUGCUUUGCGCUACUUCCCUCCAGAGCUGCAUGCCACACUGGCGCCAGAGUUUGCCCAGGAACUGAGAGACUAUGGACACAUCUAUAUGUACCGCUUCCGGCCAGAUAUAGAAAUGAGGGCAUAUCCUAUAGAUGAAUACCCUGCACGCUCGCGCCAGGCCGCUGCCAUCAUGCACAUGAUCAUGAACAACCUUGACCCUCGCGUGGCGCAGUUCCCGCACGAGUUGGUGACCUACGGUGGCAACAGACAGGUGUUCUCCAACUGGGCACAGUUCCUGCUGGUGAUGCACUACCUGUCCAUCAUGAGAGACGACCAGACACUUGUCAUGUGCUCAGGCCACCCCCAGGGGUUGUUCCCCAGCCACACCUCGGCCCCCAGGGUGGUCAUUACUAAUGGAAUGGUGAUUCCUAAUUACUCAUCCAGAGAGAUGUACGAGAAAUUGUUUGCCUUGGGUGUCACCAUGUAUGGUCAGAUGACAGCAGGCAGUUAUUGUUACAUAGGACCCCAAGGCAUUGUCCAUGGGACAACUUUGACAGUACUGAAUGCUGGUCGCCGCCAUAUUGGCAGCAGUGAUUUGCGAGGACGCGUGUUCGUAACGUCUGGACUGGGAGGAAUGAGUGGAGCGCAGCCCAAGGCAGCCGUCAUCUGUGGUUGUGUCGGGGUCAUCGCUGAGGUAAGUGAGGAGGCCCUGCGUAAGCGCUAUGACCAGGGAUGGCUCAUGGAGAUCGCAGACAGUUUAGAGGACUGCAUCCGCAAAAUACGCCAUGCAAGACAAGACCAACUGGCAGUCAGUAUUGGUUACCAUGGAAACAUUGUGGACUUGUGGGAAAGAUUAGUGUAUGAGUAUGACAGCACAGGAGAUCUAUUGGUAGACAUAGGGUCUGACCAGACAUCAUGUCACAACCCAUUCCUUGGUGGUUACUACCCUGUACAGUUGAGCUAUGAAGACAGCAGAAUGAUGAUGCACUCGGACCCUGUGAGGUUUAAAAACCUAGUCCAGGAAAGCUUGCGCAGGCAGGUGGCAGCCAUUAACAGACUGUCGGAGGCCGGAAUGUAUUUCUUUGAUUACGGAAAUGCCUUCCUCCUGGAGGCAUCAAGAGCAGGUGCUGAUGUGAUCAAAGACUCAGGAGGGCUGAGUGUGAGGUUCAGGUACCCGUCCUAUGUACAGGAUAUUAUGGGAGACAUCUUCUCUCUGGGAUUUGGACCCUUCAGAUGGGUGUGUACAUCUUGUGAACCCAGUGACUUAGAAACCACAGAUAACAUAGCAGCUGCUGUCAUGGAGGAUAUCGUCGACCAGGGGGUCCCAGAGGCAGUUGCAAUGCAGUACAGAGAUAACAUACGGUGGAUUAAAGAGGCUGCCCAACACAAACUGGUUGUGGGAUCACAAGCAAGAAUCCUAUAUGCAGACCAAAAUGGACGAUCCACCAUUGCAGUCGCUUUUAACAAAGCCAUCAAGGAUGGAGCUAUCCAGGGUCCUGUGGUAAUCAGCAGGGACCACCAUGAUGUCAGUGGCACAGACAGUCCCUUCAGAGAGACAGCCAAUAUAUAUGAUGGCUCUAGUUUCUGUGCUGACAUGGCCGUACAGAACGUGAUCGGAGACAGUUUCCGUGGUGCCACCUGGGUAGCUCUGCACAAUGGCGGGGGCGUGGGAUGGGGAGAGGUGAUGAACGGUGGGUUUGGGCUUGUCUUGGAUGGCUCUGAGGAUGCCGGAGAGAGAGCAAAACUGAUGCUGGGGUGGGAUGUGUCUAAUGGGGUUGCGCGGCGUAGUUGGUCUGGAAAUGCUUACGCAGAGGAGACGAUCUGCCGUGCCAUGGACCAAAAUGAGCGUCUCAAGGUCACAGUACCCUACCAUGUGCAGGAUGAGAGCAUCCUAGACAGGGCAUUGAGAGAAUGAGUCAUUUAAUAAGGCACCAAAGCUGUAUGUAGGUCAAGGUCAGUGUUGAUUAUUGUAAAGGUCAUUGACAAUAACAAGACCAGUGCUAUGCAUGGAUAUUAAGUUAAACUGUAUUUGUAUACAAAUUAGUCUUGAAUGAUACAACAGUCUGGAAGUUUAGUACUAAAAAUGAAGUAUAAGACAGUAUCUGUCCAAAGACUGACCUCAUUAAUACAGCUGUUCUAGGAGUAGCAUGUAUGACAGCAGUUGUCCAUUGUGCAGCCAAAGGUUACCCAAGAUUCUAGAUUUCAGUAUUGCCAACUCCAUCUUGAUUUCAUAUAUUACCCACAGCAGUUGUCCAUUGUGCAGCCAAAGAUUACCCAAGAUUCUAGAUUUCAGUAUUGCCAACUCCAUCUUGAUUUCAUAUAUUACCCACAUCAGCAAUACCGUAAAGCUAAUGUAGGAAAGGUAUAGUGAGCAAGCUUUAUAGUGCCCUGACUCUCAGGGUGUGAACAUUUAAAAUGUGGGCCCUUUACCCCUCCUUGGUGAGCUUGUAGUGAAGACUUCCCAGAAUAGACGUACAUUUGAUUGCAGCUGUCAUGUCCAUGAAUAUGAACCUUUAUGCUACUGCAAGUUAUAUACAUGUAUAAUUAUACUGUAAAGUUAUCUGAUAUGCUCAAUUUAUAAAUGAUUCCAUUUUUGAUGUAUUGUUAGCUUCAUUAUUAUUUGCACAUAUGCCAGAUUAAAAAAAAUAUUUAUUUUACUUUCAAUUUAAUUUUUAUUAUUUAUUUUAGUUGUUUAUUUACAUGCAUUUAAUUUGUAAACUUAAUGUGAAAAUUGCAUAAUUAUGUUGGAAACAGUGGCGUACAUUCAUAUCAAUGAUCUGUUUACAUAUAUUGUUUACAAUAUCUUUACACAUUUUUAGUAAAAUCCACUUAUUUUGUGUGCUUUAUAAAUAUUUUUGUUUUGUUGGUAAACAGUGUUUUUUUAAGUUUGAGCUCAUUGAAGUUUGAAGUUUAAUGCACUUUGCACAAAUUGUCAAACUAUGGUUUUUACACUUGUUUUGUAUUUAUGUGGUUUACAAUUGUGUGCCAUGUCACGAGUUUUGACACAUGGAGAUGUACUUUAUACGCGUUGACAGUGUCACCUUUUUUAAAUAACUCAUUAUUUUAAUUUUUCUUAAGAUUGAUAUACCCAAGUAUUAACACCGCUAUCAAUCAUGGUAUACCAACAUUAGCAAAUGAUAAGGAGCCUUUGCUUAAUGUAAGUGCUAUAUUUUACUAUUGAGUUCAUUGUAUAACAAUAAAUAUUCACAAAUA